AUGGAAUCCGGACGAAUGCUGUGCACUACGUGUACGCACGACCUGGACCACUUCAGCUUGCUCCCCGAUCCAAGGACGGCGGAGUGGCUUCAAGAAGACUUCUCGGAAGAUGAACUGGCCGAGAAACGUGCAGCCGUUCCCAAAGGGCGACCGCUAUGGUACGAUGUGCAAUGCCUUCCACCUCGGCCAGAGCUGGACGACUGCAACGUCUUGCGUCGGGCAUUCCUCGAGGCACGGGACCUGCUGCUGGCCGGCUGCACGGAGGUGCACUUUAGCUGCGUGCUCGCCGACUGCGGGGAGAC